CAGAAUAGAUAUCAGCAUUUCACAAGUGACAGGAAACGCAAAGAGGACGUUCUCAGAGUCUGCUCUCCACCAAAGUAAUUUGUGGAAAUCAGCUAAACUACUCAUCUAGGUAUAGUCAAAGACUUUUGCACAAUGGACGUCCAGAGGACAGGAUCUAUGGUUCGACCUCCGAGCCCCAUGGAUAGCCUUGAGAAACAGCUGAGCUGCCCCAUCUGCCUGGAUAUGUUCACCAAACCCGUGGUCAUCCUGCCCUGCCAGCACAACCUGUGCCGUAGCUGUGCCAGUGACCUGUAUGACUCGCGCAACCCAUACCGCUUUUCUGGUGGCGUCUUUCGCUGUCCUACCUGCCGGUUUGAGGUCGUGCUUGACCGCCAUGGCGUACAUGGCCUCCAGCGCAACUUGUUGGUGGAAAAUAUCAUCGACAUCUAUAAGCAGCAGCAAGAAGGCAGCAACAGUGGAAGCACAGAAACCACCCUGAAGCCAAAAGAAACCAAAGAACCUUUGUGCCAAGAGCAUGAAGAUGAGAAAAUCAAUAUCUAUUGUGUGACCUGCCAGGUGCCCACCUGCUCCAUGUGCAAAGUGUUUGGCCAGCAUAAGGAUUGCGAGGUGGCCCCUUUAGCAAGUGUUUACCAGACCCAGAAAGGUGAAUUGAGUAAUGCUAUUGAUACCCUGGUGGCCAGCAAUGGGCGCCUGCAGGCUCUCCUCAACCAGAUGGAAGAUGCCUGCCGUGCCGUACAAGACAACGCUCAGCGUGCUAAGCAAGGGCUGGGUGAACGCUUCGAUCUGUUAUACGCUGUCUUAGAAGAGCGCAAGACCAUUCUACUGGAGCAGAUUGGGAAAGAGCAAGAUGAAAAGGUGGCAGCUCUGCGGGCACUGGCUCAGCGUUAUGGUGAACGACUGCAGGCUACUACGGAGCUGACAGAUUCGGCUGUGAGGGCAUUGGAGCAGAGUGGAGCAGCUGAGUUUCUUUUGGCUUCAAAGGGCCUUAUCACACAGACCAAAGAUGCAGCCAAAUCCUCAAUGGGGGAAGACAGACCAGAGCCAGGCUUUGAGAAGAUGGACCACUUCACUGUGGCAACAGAGCAUGUUGAAGCAGUCCUUUCCAAGAUGGACUUUGGAGUUGGUGGUGGUGAUGAUGAUGAAUUUGAGGAUGCAGAGGAAGAAGAGGAGGAGGAGGAAGAGGAAGAGGAGGAAUAAUGAAAACAGAAGUUGUUAUGGACUUUAGUAUUGUAAUACGUGCUUUAGGAAGUUUUUUGAAAUAAGGAAGUGUUCAUCACAAGGACUGUCCGUUGGAUAUUGAAUGAAAUAUAAGGCUAGGAUGGACGUGGCCUAAAUGGCUUGCCACUACUGUCAGUGCAAUAUUUAAGUUGAAUGUCGUAUUCGUACCUUUUCUUAACAUCUUUUUAUACUUUUGUACUUUGAAGCCAGUUAAAUGGAAAAUAGGUCUACAGAAAUGUAAAUACAGAAUGUCUGAAGAUUGAUCAUGUUCUUCAUGUGUAGCUUAUAGAAAUGUUUAUUUUAGUAGAUUUCCUUUCUCACUUUGUCAGUUUGUGUUUAAUUGGUGAUCAGCUGAUUGGUCUGUAAUUACCAAAUGUGUCUCUUCUGGUUCGUGGAAUAAAGCUGCAUGAAGUUAAACACCAA